GCGCGCGGCCCGAGGAAAAAACCAACCCGGCCAGGUAGCAAGCAAGCAAGCAAGCGGCGCGUGAUGGCACACGGGGGCGUGCGGGUGAUGAUGCAACGCUGGGUGGUGGUGGUGGUGGUGGCGUGCGUGGUGGCGUCGGUUUCCACCGCGUCGUCCGCGUCCGCGUUCGUGUUCAAGGCGGGCGGAACGGGCGAGUGGCGCGUCCCGGAGCAGGCCAGCAACGUCAGCGCCUACAACCAGUGGGCCGAGCACAACCGGUUUAGCGUCGGUGACGCCAUAUCGUUCUCUUACCAACCGGGCAACGACUCAGUGCUGCUCGUCGACAAGAACUCGUACGACGCUUGCAACGUGAACUCGCCGAUCGACAGGUUCGCCGACGGCAACACGGUGUUCACCUUCACCCGGUCCGGCCCGUUCUACUUCAUCAGCGGCAACAAGGACAACUGCAACCGCAACGAGAAGCUGAUCGUCGUGGUCAUGGGAGAGCGCGCCGCCAAUGGCACGGCGCCGGCGCAGGCCCCGUCGGCAGGCACCACCACCAGCCCGAACUCGCCGCCGUCCCCGCCGCCUCCGUCGGGCAUCGAGAUAUCGCCCACGCCGGAGCAGUCCACUAACGCCGCGGUGCACCCCAGGGCGGCGGCGGGCAUUGCCGGCGCGGCCAUUGGGACGCUGCUCUAUGCACUCGUUUGAUUCGUUUUGUUGAAACGACGGUCGUGUUGAUGUGGAAUUGUGGAUCAAGCAUAACAAGGUCACGCGGAUGCUUUCCUUACCGAGGAUGUACUCAUUGUCGGCUUGAUUAAGUUUGUUCCUAAUAUGUGGUAUAAUAAUGUAACAAGUGUUACUAUUCAAUAUGAUAUAUAUAUAAUUGAUUCAU